AGGCGGCGAAUCGGCAUUUCUCCGUUUAAUCUUGUCUAGUGCCGGCUGCUGCUAUAUGAUUUGGUUGGUGAGGUUUGAAUCUUUAAUUAUUCCUUGUUUUGAAAUUCUAUUUAAUUAAUGCUGUGAGCGAAGAAGGAACACGAGUAUUUGGAGAAGAAAUGGGAGAAUAUAUAGAGUUGGGUGAAGGAGAAGAAAGGGAAGUAGGAGAAGGAGACGAAGUCAGAGAUGGAGAAUCUGGGGAAGUAGAAGGAAUGAAAGAACUGGGCGAAGAGGAUGAUUUCACGGCGGAGAAUGAAGUAAGAGAAGGAGAAGAGUUUGUCCAGGAAAAUGAAGAAAGCGUUUCACUGGAGAAUGACAGAGAAACGAUGUCGUCUAUGUCAGUGCCGUCAUCGAACAAACAGGUUAAGUAUAUGUCAAUCGAUAGGCUGAGCGCAUUGCCGGAUGCUUUACUUAUUUGUAUUCUCUCCUUUCUCAGUACUAAGAAAGCUGCAAGGGCUAGUAUUUUGUCAAAGAGAUGGCAACAUCUCUGGACUAACUUGCCUAAGCUGAGGUUUAAGGAGAAAAGUUGUGAACUUGAGAAAAUACUCAAGACUGUGAAUAGGAUUCAUGGUGCCCUUGGUAUUCGCAGAGAAAGUUAUCUGGAAAGAUUAUACAUCGAUUUCCAUUACUAUGAAUCUUUUGCCUUAGAUGUUGAUAGUUGGGUUGAAUAUGUGGUCAAACACAAGGUCAAAGAUGUCACUUUGGAGCUCAAUCCACAAGGAGUUUUGUAUAAGCUCCCUCAGAGUAUGUAUUCUAGUUCAUGCUUUACAUAUUUGAGUUUGCGAGGAUGCAAUUUGGUUCCUCAAAGAAAUGUUGAUUGGAAAUAUUUGACUGUGUUAAGCCUUAAUGAUGUUAAAUUAGAUGAGCAUGUCAUUGAAAAGAUAUUAUCCGGUUGUCCUGUGAUGCAUUUCUUGAUUCUAUGCCAAUGUUGGGGACUCAGUUGUUUGAAGAUCGAUUCUCCGUGUGUUAGUGAGCUUGUGCUAAUAGACCGUGAAGAUGGCGAAUCUGAGCCUCUAUUGGAAAUCUCUGCACCACAUGUACAGACUUUGUCCAUAUCAAUAUGUCCGAUAAACAAGUGGCGGCUAACAAACAUCUCCUCUGUUACUCAUGCGGCUAUUUCUUUAAUUGGAUCUGAUGAUUGGGAUGCCGACGAUUAUGAGGUGAUGAGUAAUUUGGAGGAUCUAGUCGGAGCCCUUCUGCAUGUGAAGUACCUUUUAUUCUCACAUAUGUGCAUUGAGGUGCUAUCAAUGUUAGUGGAGAUGCACGACGUGCAGCUUCCAGAGUCUAGGCGAGAGAUUUUGCAUGUACAUGCUUCAGCAGAUGCAAAUGUAAUGUCAGGAAUUGUAGCCUUGCUUGAAUCUUCUCCAAUGCUUCAGGAAUUGGCCAUCAGUGGCAUUGAUCUUGACGGACCACCCAUCACUUGGGAUGUAGUUGGAAGGAGUGAAAUGCAUGGCAACCUAGUGCACUUGAAGACUGUUAAUAUUAUGGACUUCGUAGCAGUUCCAGCUCUUACUGGUGAACCACUGCUAACAUUGGUCCAGAUUCUUCUUGACAAGGCUACAGUGUUAGAAAAGUUGGAGAUUCAUAUUGAAUACCCUGUUUCUUUAUUUAAAACAUUUCCUCAAAUUUUUAUUGAGAUAUCUCAAAAGCUGCUUAGUUACCCUAGGUCCUCUCGUAAAGCAGUUGUCCUUCUUAGUUGAUGAACAGGACUUGUACUAUUGCUGUUGUUUCCCGGGAAGCUGUUGAUGCUACAAUUUUAUCCAAUCUUAUCUAGGGGGAGCUGCAGAAAUUAAGUGACUGCAAAGGUUGAGUGGAUUGUUGUAGUUGGGUGAUCCGGAUUAGAUGUCAUCUCAAACGUCUGUCAUAGGAUCAAGAACUGAAGAGUAGAACUAACCCUUGAGGUCCAGGCCCAAUAUCCCUAGGCCCAAACCUGGGAAGAAGCAGCAGGCCCAAGGCAGUCCAAAAGAAUUCCCGAACGGCAUUCGGGAUAAAGCUUCUACUUUGAACAUUCCAGGAAACAAUUACGCCAAAGUGCCAAUGCCCAGAUCCCGAUCGGCGUUCGGGAUACCCCCGUAACAAAAUGACAUCCAUGACGGGGUCCCACACACCGGACACCCCGCCCGAACGGGCAAUCAGCAAGUGGAGGCCGCAUUUAAUGCUGGAUCAUGGCGGCAGCAAGUGGGGGCAUGGGUGCUUACAUGGCAGAAGUGACAGCCUACCGGAUUCGGCCACGUGUCCACCGUACCUUACCCAUCCCCAUUUUAGUAUAAAUACCCAUGUUUAGAUCAUUGUAAAGGGUUAGCAUUUCAAUACUCAGAGCUUAGCAGUAUACUUUCAUCUCUUAUCCUUGUAUUCUCAUACUCAUCUACCGUUCGGGUAGUUCCAUUGUAAUAGCAUAAUUAUUGAAUACCAGUAAGCUCCUGAGUUGGAUAAUAUCUCACUGUUUUAUAUUUUA